CUCUAUUUUUUUUUUCUUUGUCUCUUUCAUUCUUUUCUAUCUCUCCGAACUUUUCUCUUUAAAAAAAUAUACCCACUACAACUUUCUUGAAAAAAAAAUCUAACAAAGGCCACACUCUUCACUACACUUUCUUCUCCUCAUUUUUCACAGCACACUAGGGUUUCUUAUGCAAAGUUUGAAUCCUUUUCAUUUCUGAGUUAUUUUUUGUGCUUUCUUCAAUAGUUAUGGCUCAGGUCAAGAAUGUGAUUGUUUUUGCUCUGACCCUUUUGGUUCUUUUUUCUGGGUCUUGUGCAGCUUCUUCAGCUACUUCACCUGCAAAGAUUGUAAAUGGGCUAGUUUCAAAUGCUAUGUCUAUUGUAAUGAAAUGGCUGUUAUCACUCAAAACUACAACAAAAACAGCAAUGACUGGCCGUCCUAUGAUGAGGUUUGAGAGUGGAUACACUGUUGAGACAGUUUUCGAUGGAAGUAAGCUUGGAAUUGAGCCUUAUAGUGUCGAGGUUUCUUCUAGUGGAGACCUUCUGGUUCUGGAUUCUGCUAAUAGCAAUCUUUACAAGAUCUCCUCCUCUUUGUCUCAAUUUACCAGACCAAAACUUAUUGCUGGAUCUGCUGAUGGAUACUAUGGACAUAUAGACGGGAAACCUAGAGAAGCAAGGAUGAACCAUCCAAAGGGAAUUACUGUCGAUGACAGAGGAAAUAUAUAUGUUGCAGACACUGCAAACACUGCAAUACGGAAGAUAAGUGAUGCAGGAGUUACAACAAUAGCUGGAGGCAAAUCGGGUAAAGGAGGGGGACAUGUUGAUGGACGGAGCGAAGAUGCAAAAUUUUCAAGUGAUUUUGAUGUAGUGUACCUUGGAAGCAGUUGCUCCCUCCUUGUAAUUGACAGAGGAUACAAGGCAAUCCGUGAAAUUCAACUUCCUUUUGAUGAUUGCGCUUAUAAUUAUGACAGUGGUUUCCCUCUCGGAAUUGCUGUGCUAUUAGCAGCAGGCUUCUUCGGUUACAUGCUGGCAUUAUUACAACGCAGGGUUAACUCAAUUGUAUCAUCUCAAAAUGAUCAGAGAACAACGGAAACUAUCCAUACUUCUGGUCCAUACCAAAAACCUCUGAAGUCAUCAGUUAGGCCACCAUUGAUUCCAAAUGAAGAUGAACAAGAGAAACCAGAAGAAGGAUUUAUUGGGUCUCUUGGUAAACUUAUAUCUAGUACUGGAGAAGCAGCUAUGGAAAUUUUGGGCGGAAUUUUUCCUGGCCUUAGAAAGAAGCACAUUAGUGUUCAGUUUCCGGACCAGCAGGAGUUUCAGCAAGAGUACAAGUAUUCAAACACUUGGCCAGUGCAGGACAGUUUUGUAGUACCAGCUGAAGACGAGCCGCCCUCAAUUGAAACAAGAACUCCUACUCCACGAAAAACAUAUCCAUUCAUGUCCCAGGAUGUUGAAAAGAUGCAACAGUUUCGACAAAGCCGCAAAUUUUACAGUGGAUUGGAUGGAGAACCUCAGCAGCAACAGGCUGUGCAGACACAGAGACAUCACCAUCGUCAUUUCUCAUCCAUCCCCGAGACCUACUAUGAGCAGAGUGCUGAGAAAACAAAUGAGAUUCUGUUCGGAGCAGUUCAGGAGCAAAACAAGCAACAGGAAUCCGUCAUAAAGCCUUUGGACUACGGCAAUACUACUUAUGACCGUCGUGCUACUUCUCGCUCUCGAAUUAGUUCCAGGGGUAAUUCAUACACCAGCUGAGUAUAUACAUUUCUGAAAUUUUGAUGUUUCAAAUUAUUCCAUCAUAUAGGAGGCACUACAAUAUAAACUUAGGGGUCAAGGGUAUAGCAGUAUAAUAUAUAUCAUCGGGUGACUGCAGUGAUUGUUUGAGAUACAUGUUCAAUCAAGUGUUCAAGGCACAAAGCAAGAAUCUAUUGUAUUUAAGUUUGAAAUGUUAUACUAAACUCCAUUGCUAAGUGGAAAUUGUUGAAGAAA